AUGGAGGUCGAAAGACUCGACUACGCAGACUUUCUGGACGAGGCGCCUGAGCGCCAGGACGCUUUUUGCCAACAUCUGUACGCGGCCCUGUCUCGUCUGGGGUUUGCAAAGAUCACCAACCAUCCCAUCCCCAAGGAUGUCAUUCUGGAAUUGUAUUCAUGGACCAACCGUUUCUUUUCGUUGCCCCUCGAGCACAAGCAAAAGGCGGCGCAUCCUCCGGAGCCCAAUCCCCAUCGCGGAUGGAGCUGCCUGGGCCAGGAGAAACUAUCGGUCAUCGCGCAGGGCAAGGCAGUCCUGGACCUGAAGGAAUCCUUCGACAUGGGGCCCAACGGGGACGAGUUGUAUCCCAACAUAUGGACCGACGAGCACGAUCUGCCCGGGUUUCGCGCCUUCAUGGAGGAUUUCUAUGAGCGGUGCCAGGCGCUGCAUCUGCAGCUGCUGUCGGCGAUCGCGCGAUCGAUGCAGCUGCCAGACUCGUACCUGGCCGCGCUGUGCGCCCCGAACAGCAGCGAGCUGCGAUUGAAUUACUAUCCGGCCGUGCCGCGGAGUGCCCUCGUCUCCGGCAAUAUGCGCAUCUCGAGCCAUACCGAUUUCGGCACCAUCACGCUGCUGUUCCAGGAUUGUGUCGGGGGCCUCGAGGUCGAGGACCAGUCCCGCCCGGGCCACUACCUGCCCGUCACGCCCGACGACUGCACCGAUAUCAUCAUCAAUGUGGGGGAUUGUUUGCAGCGCUGGAGCAAUGACCGCCUGCGCUCGGCCAACCACCUGGUCACUGUCCCGCGGGGGCUGAGCGACGACACGGUGGAUGACCGCUACUCGAUUGCUUACUUUGGAAAGCCGAGUCGCGAUGCCUCGGUGCGCACGUUGCCCGCCCUUCUGCGCCGAGACGAAGAGGCCAAAUACGGCGAGGAGAUGACGGCCUGGCAGUACAACCAGUCGCGCCUGCUGCAGACAUAUUAG